CAAUCUGACGCAAGCGCACUAAACACUUGUAGUGUACGUCAACUAAGCUAACCGUCUUCUGUACGCGGGGAUUUUGUUGAACGUUAUGAGUUAAAUCAAUUAUAAAUAUAAUUUAGAUUAAUAACAUUUAUUUUUGAAAAUGGACCAAGAAUUCGAGGACAUGGAUUCCGAUAGUCGGUGGCAGAGUUUAUACAUAGAUAUACGGAAUCAGUCCCACGAAUGCCCUUUCAAAGUCGCAAAAUAUCCAGAAAAUCGCAACCGUAACAGGUACAGAGAUGUCAAUCCAUUCGACCACAGUCGGGUUAAACUGGAGAACUCUGAGAAUGACUACAUCAACGCCAGUCUGGUGGACAUGGCAGAAGCCCAGAGGAGUUACAUUCUAACUCAGGGUCCUCUAAGGAACACAUGUGGUCACUUCUGGUUGAUGAUCUGGGAACAGAAGACCAAGGCUGUAAUCAUGCUGAACAGAGUCAUAGAGAAGGGAUCAGAAAAGUGUGCUCAGUAUUGGCCGACAACAGACAAGCGUGAGCUGUCUUUCGAAGAUACACGGUUCCUGGUAACGCUAUUAUCAGAGGACGUCAAAUCCUACUACACAACCAGAUUACUGGAGCUGCGAAACACUAACACAGGGGAGACGAGGGAGAUUUACCACUUCCACUACACCACAUGGCCUGACUUUGGUGUACCAGAAUCCCCAGCCUUCUUCCUCAACUUCCUCUUCAAGGUGCGGGAGUCUGGCUCUCUGGGGGUGGAGCAUGGCCCGGCGGUUGUGCACUGCAGCGCUGGGAUUGGCCGCUCAGGGACCUUCUCAUUGGUCGACACAUGUCUGGUCCUGAUGGACAAGAGGAAAGACCCAUCCUCUGUGGACAUCAAGGCAGUUCUGCUUGACAUGAGGAAGUACCGGAUGGGUCUGAUCCAGACUCCUGACCAGCUCCGUUUCUCUUACCGGGCUGUCUUGGAGGGGGCCAAGUGCAUCAUGGGAGACUCCUCCAUAGUACAGAAGAUGUGGUGUGAACUGUCUAAAGAGGAUCAGCAACCGGUUUCUGGUUGUGAAUCCAGUCCACCCGUCCAGCUGACCUCCAAGUGUUCUCCGGAGAAGUACAAUGGCAGCCGGGUGUCCCUGGGGGAGGAGGGGGGGGACUCUGAGCUGGGGGGGAGGAAGACGGAGUCACCAUAUAAGGAACAGGAUGGGGACGUGAGCACAGCUAAUGCUCGUAAGAGACCCAGAGACGAGUGGCUGUCAAACUCCACAAUGAAACAAGCGGACCCCAAGCACAUUACUCCCAGGAUUACUUCAUCUGAAAAGAAGAGGAAAAGGGCAAGAACCAGUGACAGCUAACAGACUCUUGGCUUCUGCUCCAUCCACAUCUGACUACUGCUGGGAUGUCCUGGUCACGGAUGUCCUACCCCACCAACCCAUCUGUCCUGGCUUGUUAACCCUCUCUUAAAAAACUGUUUACAGCAAAAGCAUCAACAUUCUUUGAAAGAAUAACAUUUUACACAAACACCAGCUGUGACAGCCUCUAUUGCUCCCAAGUGGGGAGGAGUCACAAUAAUGCAUCGCGAUUGGUUUGGUUGCUUAAGUAUUUUGGACUUUUCUUACCUGUACCUGCGUUGUUCAUCUUGAGUUGCUUUGCAUCAGUGUUGAAGAUGAACAUAUCUGAAUUAGGCCUGCUAUGCAUCGCCAAUCUGUAAUGCUGUUUAUACUGGUAUUUUUUAGAGAAACCUUUUUAGAGGGUGAAAUGAAAUGUUAUAUUUUUUAUAAGAAAUUACUUGAAAUUUCUGACUGUGUGAAGACAGAGUUGAGUGACAUGUUGUGUAGCUGUUUCCACAAUGUAUAUAGUGUACUUAAUGUUUUUUUGAUUUGGUUUAGAAGACAACUGCUUUCAUUAAGUUUUCCUUAUGAUUGAAGUCUUAAUGUCCUUUUCAGAGUGUAAUCUAAUAAUAAAACUGGUAUUAACCAGUUUCCUAA